AUGUCAUCGUAUUACAUUGAAGAGGAUGAUUCAUUUACUACUACCACUAAUAUUAAUGAGUCAUCAGCGGAAAACAAUUCAUUAGCUUCUACUUCUAUAAUUUCUACUAAAUCGUUACCGCCAUUCGAAAGAGCCUCCAAGACCCAUUCAGCAGCACAACCAACAGACUUAAAUAAGAGAAUAAUACAAACUACUGCAAAUACAACACCGAAUACAGCUCCAAGGAAAAGACCAAAGAAGCUUCCAAAAAUUGAUAAAAUAAACGGAGUGCCAAUACCACCAAUUAUUGCCAGCAUACCAAAAACAACAGGUAUAAUAAACAAAGCGAUGAAUGCAAAAACUAUCAAUGUGCAAAGAUAA